UGCAGGACUCGUGCUUUCGUACCUGGAGUCGUGAGAGCAAGUAACAGUAGCGUACAUGUAGCUUAGAAACCACUUUGUCUGUAGAGUUUCUCUCUUAAAACCUUUCGACAAGAUCCCGCCUGGGAUCGCCUUGUAUGUGUCGUUGUGGAUUUACGUCUGAAAUUCCCCGAUCGAUCGCUGAGAGGAGCUGUUGCGCGGUUUGACAGGUUGGUCGGUGAAUCGGAACGGACAGCCCGGGAACGGUCGUACGCUGUACGUCCGUGUUCUCUUGUCUGAGUGACGGACAGCGCGAUCGUGCGGCUCCACAACUUGUCUCAACCGUCCCUAGAAGUUCUCUCUUUUCUCGGGAAUAGUCGUCGGGGAAAAGAGGACGCCGUCACAAUGAUGGCAGUACAGCCCAAGUCGUGUUUCAGUAUCGAGUCGCUGGUUUCCAAAGACCCUCCUCGGGUUGACCGGCCGCGGCUGCCGCCUCUGUCGGCGCUGUGGGGGAUACCGUGUUGCACGGACACUACCAGCACGGGCUCGGUCGUCCCCAACCUACCUCCCGUCAAACUCUGCUCCACCGGCGGGCCGUCAGCGUUCAGGAACGGACUCCGCACGGCGACGACGUUACCGAGCGUCCCCGUGCCGCACUACGUCCCGGGGUACGGCCCGACGGCGGGGGUGGCCGCGGUACCGCCCGGACACCAUCCCGCCCCGCCUGGCUUCCUCCACCCGCAACAAGCCUCCCUACCCUGCCAUCCAUGGCUGCUAGCGCGCCACCAAGCCGUCUUCGGACACAGAAUGCAAGAUCCAGGAAACGGACAUCUCCUUCUCGCAAAUCCGUUCCGGAAACCGAAGAGAAUCCGGACAGCGUUCACCCCGUCACAGCUGCUCCGGUUAGAACACGCCUUCGAGAAGAACCACUACGUAGUCGGGCAGGAGAGGAAGCACCUAGCGCAGUCUCUCAGUCUCACAGAAACACAGGUAAAGGUGUGGUUCCAGAACCGGAGGACGAAGUACAAGAGGGACCAACAGGAAGAGGAGGGGCGAAAAUCACCCCCCAAGCAGAAGGGCGCGCACCACGUCAGCAGGUGGAGGAUGGCUACUCAACAGUUCACAGACGAACGGACGGACAGCAAGGAACACACGGACGGACAGAACCUUGAGAAGACGGACAGUUGAUGAUCUGAAGACGGUCUGAAACUCUUGUGUGUGGUAGCAACAUU